GUACUGUGUGAGAGCAUUUCAACAGAAGUGAAGUUUGGGCGAACAUAGCUAGCUACCGCGGCGCUCCCCCACACCAGCAUCGUCUUGGCUCCUCUGGACUUUUAGGCACGCAAGCUCUAUGGCGGUAGUCCGGGUACUUUUGUGUGUCCUGUCCGUGUUCGUUGCUCUAGUCUCGGAGAGGUUUGUUGUGCUGGCUGCCUUCUCCCAGUCUUUGGACAGCGACUUCACGUUCACUCUACCCGCCGGUCGCAAGGAGUGUUUCUACCAGACCAUGAAGAAAGAUGCCUCUCUGGAGAUUGAAUACCAGGUAUUAGAUGGUGCAGGCCUCGAUGUUGAUUUCUUAAUCUCUUCUCCUUCUGGCCAAGUGCUGUUCAGUGACUACCGCAAAUCAGACGGAGUGCACACUGUUGAAACUGAGGAUGGAGACUACAUGUUCUGCUUUGACAACACGUUCAGUACCGUCUCAGAGAAGCUCAUCUUCUUUGAGUUGAUUCUGGACAACAUGGAUUCAGAGGAAGACCCAGAUGACUGGAAAGAGUAUGUCCAUGGAACUGACAUGUUGGACAUGAAACUGGAAGACAUUAUGGACGCCAUCAACAAUGUGAAGAGUCGGCUGGGCAAAAGUGUGCAGAUCCAGACGCUGCUGCGAGCGUUCGAGGCUCGUGACAGAAACCUCCAGGAGAGUAACUUUGACAGGGUGAACUUUUGGUCGGUGGUGAAUCUCAUUAUUAUGAUGGUGGUAUCGGCAGUUCAGGUCUACCUUGUCCGCUCGCUGUUUGAAGAUAAAAGGAAAAUUCGUACAUAACCCCACCUCAAAUGAAGGGUCGGGGGGGG